UAAUCAAAUACUACGACCUUCUCUUUCUCUGCAAAGGAAAAGAAAAGAAAAAAGAAGAGAAGAGAAGAGAAUGAAGAAGUGUGAACUAUGUGGAGGGUUAGCUCGAAUGCAGUGUGAAUCAGAUCAAGCAAACCUAUGUUGGGACUGCGACGUCCAGGUUCAUGGAGCCAACUUCCUUGUAGCAAAGCAUAGCCGAACCCUCCUCUGCCAUGUUUGCCAAAACCCAACUCCUUGGCUCGCUUCAGGUCACAACCUCACCCCUGCUGUCACUGUUUGCGAGUCAUGCGUUGGCAACAACAACAAAAAGAACAGCAACAAUAACUUCGACGUGAUUACACAGCAGGACGAGUCAUCGGAGUGUGAAGAAGAAGAGGAAGAUUAUGAAGAUGAUGAUGAAGAAGAAGAAGAAGAGAAGAAGAAGAAGAAGAAGAAGAGGAGGAGGAGGUUGAAGAUGGGGAAAAUCAGGUGGUUCCAUUAUCAGGGGAUUCUUCUUCUUUUUCGAUGUCGAAGCCGGUGACUAGCUUGGAUUCUUUUAGUAGUACUGAAGGUGGUGGUGGUUUUGGGUUGAAGAGGAUGAGAGAAAAUCAUAGCUUUUACUCUGAUGAUGACAUUGGGUGCUCCUCAUCUCACGUGGGCUCAGGUGGAUCAUCCAAUGGAGAAGCAACAUCUAUGGGCUCAUCAAGAUUAUUGAAGCAACCAAGAUUAUGUGAAGAUAAUCAAUCAACUAGAAAUCAAGCACAUGGUGAAUCGGAGUCAAGAUCAACGGCUACUAUUAGCUCUUUAAAAAGACUUCAAAAGCACAUGAUCACCAAUACCGGUGAUGCAUCAGCUACAACCAUCGGGAUCUGCAGGUUGAGCAGAGAUCAGAGCCGUUAGAUUUCACUUCCCAUUAACAAUCCUAACUUACACAAUACAAUCCCUCGAGGUAGUUUUUAUUUUUUCUGUUUUGGAAAUAUUUCAAUUUUCUUGACAUAAAAAUGAUUAUUGUAUUUUUUAUAAUUAUUGUCUUUUCUUUGUUUGGUUCCUUUCUCUUCAUUGUGGAAUUUGUUGCUUUUUUUUUUUUUCCUUAUGUCAUGAUUAUAUAUUUAAUAUUGUAAUAUUUCUUACAUUUUUUUUGUAAUACUGUGUUUUUGAAUUCAUGUAUAAUCGCAUGAUGUCCAAAAACAAGGCACAA